AUGACUUGGUUGCAUGUGUCGGGCAAGGGCUUUUGCACCGGCAAGAGCUACAGCACACUGAUCGAAAUCCUCGAAAGUGAACGCCGGGGGACUGGCGCCAACCGAACCCCCAUUGUUGCCAGCAUCAACCACCAUCUCGAUCCUCUCGCUCCAACUACUCGCAACCUUGAAUGA